GUGUGAAGUGAAUAGUGGAUUACAUUCUGGAAUGCAUGCGAGCACCAGCGAUUACUGAUGAAUUUGACCCACAAAUUCAACGCAAUUUUUGUUUCACUAUGUGGAAAUAGAGGUGCGGCCCAGCGCUUCUGUGGCAGGAGUGGCACUGCAAGUAAGACAUUACAGCAAAGUGUUUCAACGAUACGUUAAACAGAACAAGAACCAACAAACGUCAGACAAAUUACCAUGUGCCCGUGCCACGGGAAUCAAGAUGGGUGCUUUUCUACAGGCCACAAGAAAGCGUCUCUAUGUUUAAAAAGUGCGCCAAUUUCCUAACUUUUUAUUUUCUGUCAUGUGCUGCCACUAUGUGCGAAUACAGGGAAUUUUUUUCGUGCACCUCCCCUUCUCGGUUUUAGUUGCAUGGUUUGCUUUACAGCUAGUUUGCUCCCGCGCGUCUAUAUACUACCGCUUGUGCAUUGGCGCGCGUGGAAGCAGGCGGCAGUUUGCGUUUUGUUCUGCGGGCGGUUUCAGCUUCUUUCGCUUGCAAGACUGAUGACUAUCUCAUUACUAAUCGCUCAAAGGGCUACCGCUUGUUUCUCGCUCGUUUAGUGCUCACAAGGGUGCGCAUAGGAAGGAUGCCGCCGUGCAUGCGUUUCCGCUGAUUUUUAACAUCUUUUUUUAUAUACUCGCGAAAACUAAUUGCCUCUGGUUGACGGUAAGAUAAAUAAGUGGAAGCUUGUCACACCUUUUGCUUUUUUGAUGGGCACACAACUACACAGUUUUCUUGAGUUCACGCACCUACGCAGUUCGAUUACGCUAUGGACGUAAAUAUUAGUGUAAGAGCAGGAACAGGUGAGAGAUGCAGAAUAUUCUCAUGUGCGCAUUUUCAAAGCCUUCAACUAUGUGUAUAACAAGGCAUCAAAUUUUUUAUUCUUAUAAGUUUAUUUACUCUUUUAUUGUUAUUCAUGAAUGAAAAGUAAAUAUAUACCAACACAAAAUAUUUUGUUCUCACUUUACGGUCACCAUAGAAAAAUUACGGUAAUUUUUUUUCCGAAAGAAGUCCCCAAGAAGAAUUGGAAUCUGCAAUAAAAAAUAUCGACCCUGGGUGGUGACAUAUGGCGAAAAAAAUCGACCCUCCAAGGGUUAAACAGAGAGUGUCUUACUCUGCCGAGGUGCACGAAUGGCACAUUCUAGAGUUCCUUGUUGCUCAGAAUUUGACACGAGACACAAUUGAAGCACCUGAGGUCAUACAGAAUUUCCGUGACAGCAGUUCAGUGAAUACCAAAUCUUCUGAGAUCGGCAAUAUCUAUAGGAUCAUUGCCAGCCAGUAGCUCAAAGCAACCCACUUGCACACAACACACUUCACGUUGAAUCUAGAUGCAAAUUCACAUAUUCCACAAAUGCCCGACAAAGUAUUAUCUGUGAAGAAGAAGACGCGCCUCGCAGCACAGCCGCAUCGCCAACGCGCGGCUCCACUUGGCUCGCACUGUUGAUUGCUGGCGUCCUUUUCGGACAGUGCUUCGCGCUGCCCCGCCGUUCCCGGUCGCUGUGCCUUCGCAUUAGGAGCUGCCAAUAAACCUCUUAUCAAUUGGUGGAGGUGCUGGGACUCAAACCCCGUCACUUGAAACCCUGGAGCUGCGAUCAAGAACACUUCGGCCCGCCAUGACCAACAGCUCAUCCCAAACGGUGCCGAUGCCACAGUCCGUCACCUGCAUCGGCGUUUCACGACAACAGGACCCCAAGAUCUUCAGUGGUGCAGACGAAGACGUAGAAGACUAGUUUGCGUCAUAUGAAUGGGUGAGAGCACACAACAAGUGGGAUAAUCCAGCCAAGUUAACCCACGUCAUCUUUUAUCUGGCUGGUGUUGCGCAACUCUGGUUCCACAACCACGAAAGUGACGUACCCACAUGGUCAGUCUUCAAGACAACUUUCACGGAAGUGUUCGCCUACCUGCUGUUCGCAAGCUGCGUGCCGAACAAAGCUUGCGCGCCCGAGCACAGCAGAUGGCAGAAACGUUCACAAGCUACAUUGAAGACGUCGUGGACCUUUGUAAACGAGUCAACGUUGCAAUGCCCGAAGCUGAGCGAAUUCACCAUAUACUGAAAGGCAUCGAUGACGGCGCAUUCCAGAUGCUCCUAGCCAGGAAUCCGCGCACUGUGUUGGAAGUUGUCAGCCUAUGCCAAAGUUACAAUGAGUUAAGGAAGCAACGUGCUUCGACUUGGUGUGCUCUGGGAAGUGACGAAUUGUUGGCGAGCCUUGACAACAUGUACGACCCAUCCUCAUUCUUUCAGCGGGUCAAGGAAUUCAUGCGUGAAGAAGUUGCCCGCCAACUUUCUUUAGUCCCCUUCACUCAGGAGCCCACCUCCCGUCUUCCACAUCAUUUCCGAAGAGGUCGCUCAAGUUGUUCCUUCCGCACACCAUCAGCCGCUUGCAGCAGCGAAUCUCAACUCCACGCUGGCAGUGCAGCCUGUCGCCACGCCUCUCACCUAUGCGCAGCCAGUCCUGCCUGUGGCCGCGACUGUUACGUACGCGCAGGCAGUACGCAGGCCUCCGCCUGCGUCUUUCGCGACCCAGUCCCAACCGGUGCCACCAGAAGCCUAUGCUGCAUCUUGAACCGCCCCGCGAGCUAAUCCUUGGAGGACACCUGACAAUCGUCCCAUCUGUUAUUCUUGCUGCGCUCCUGGACACGUCUCCUGAUAUUGCCGCCGUCGCUCUCAAGCGUUCGGCGAUGCCUCUCGGCCCUUCCAGUACGGCAGCCAGCCAUUUCGCCAAUACGCCGCUCCUUCCCCCCAACCGUACGCUCAUGCUCACAUCCCAGAAUUUCCUUCCUGUCGCACGCCAUGCCCUCGCCGACGCUCGCUCUCCCAAAUGCGUCGGCGACCCGCACCACCUCACCAGGAAAACUGAACGUCGCAGUUCAAGAGGCAAGAACUGCACUCCAUUCGAACUGUUUAAGUCCUCGCGUCUCUUCUGCUAACGUGGUCGAAAUUUGUGUAGAAGGUGUUCCUGCAUUCGCUCUUGUCGAUAUCGGCGCAGCCGUUUCUGUGAUAGCCACCAAACUGUGCCGUUCGUUGCACAAGGUGACCACGCCGCUUUCUGGACUGUCGCUUCGUACGGCAAGCGCGCAGCAUGUCACUCCACAUGCAGUCUGUACUGUAUGUGUGCUUAUUCGCGGCAUUGUUUACAUCGUCGAGUGUAUUGUUCUUCCAACCUGCUCGUAUGCCGUCAUAAAGCCGUGAUCGACUGCGCACGUGCCGAAGUUGAAUUUUCCCCUUGUGAUGCACCCUUGGACGAAGAUUGUGACCGCCCUUCUAAACUUACCAUGCGCGAGGACACAGAUAUUCCACCUGGCUCCUUCGCCCUCGUACCCGUCUCUUGCGAUGCCGUCGCUGAUGCAACGGUCCUCUUCACGCCGUCCGACGUCUUCAUGAGCCGUAAAUCGCUCCCACUACCCUUCGCGACGCUUGACAUGGCUGGCGGCUGCAGCAAUAUGUAUAUAUAUUGGGGCAAUGGCACAGUGUCUCACAUAGAACGAACUGUUGUGGCCUGAACACUUGGUUAGAGCGAACGCGAAGCUGUCGGGCCCCUGUAGCUGACCGAGCCGGCGGUGUUUGGUGCGGCUCCGCUGGACUGCGAACCUGCGGCAGGCGAAUUUCGCGCACUUUGUGUUCCCCUGACACGACGCGAACACAGAGCGCACAAAGCGUCCCCCGGCGCGCCUUUGCGGGUAAAAUAAAGUAAAAAAAUAAAAAGCGCGCAUUGAAAAAUGAAAACGAAAAAGCGAGCGCGCGCGGUGACGAAAGAGAAAGUGGCGCCGCCCGCGUCGCUGUGAUGCAUCCACGUGAUCUGCGUCGGCCAAUCCGAAAAGUCAGGCGUCUGCUCUACCGGCUCAAACCGGUUCUCCAUUUGUUGCUCCGUUGCCACCCCGCGCUAAGGGCAUUGCGCCGUCGAUUCUUUCUGUGCGAUGGCACUGCAUUGACAUCGUUGCCGCAUCCGUGCCUUUCCCAGAUCGGGGAGUUGAAGGCUGCCUCAGCGCGCGAGCCCAAGGGCUUGACUUGCGCCUGGUGCGAUGGAGGACUGUACGCCGACCUCUUCAGGAGCUAAAAGGAAAGUUGUCGACAUCGCAACGAAGAUGGCCAUUGUCAAUGAACUUGCUCGAGGUGCAAAAAACUGCGAACUGGUCAAGAAGUACGGACUGUCGAAAUCAACCAUUUCAACCAUUGCUAAGGGCAAGGAAAAGAUUUUUGGUGCUACCGUGAAUGCCGACCCAAUGACUAGAAAGCGCCUUCAGAAGGCGACCUACGCGGACGUUCAGGACGCACUGCUGAAGUGGUUCGCUGACGAGCGGUCUCGCAACGUUCCGAUCAGUGGACCGCUGAUGCUCUCCAAGGCUAAAGACUUCGCCUUCCUUUUGGACUUUCCCGAUUUCAGCCCAGGCAAUGGAUGGCUCCACCGGUUUACCGGCGGCGCAUCAUCCAAUGCUUGUUGAUCGCGAUUGAUGCUGCCAUGCUAGUUCGCAUCAGCUUGCUUGCCGCCGUGGACAUGUUGAAAGUGGCGUGGAUAAAACUUACCGCAGAGUGCAUAGAAAAUUGCUUCCGCAAGGCGGGUUUUAUGGGCCCAGGCACCGAGGACGCCAUAGAUCACCCACCGGAAGGCCGUUCGCACGAGGACUUGUGGCAACGCAUUGUUGACACGCAGCUGGCCGGACCUGACGUUGCCUGGGACGAUUUCGUUUCUGCUGAUGAUAACGCCAACAUUGCAGAGCCAUGCACUGACGAAGCUAUUGUGCGUGAAGUGCGAGCCCUUCCUGACUGCCCAGAGACCGACGAGGACGAUGACGAGGAUGAUGCUCUACCGCCGGCUGCUGUGAACGCUUCAACCGCGAUCGGUUCCAUCGCGUCGCUUAAGGAACUCGUGUGCAGCAGAGGCCUUGGCGAUGAACAUAUUACCGCGCUGGAAAAAUUAGAAACGGCAGUGAUGCGAUCAGCUUUGAAGAAGCAGACAUGCAUCACGGACUUUUUUCAAGAAUAAAGUGAACUUUCGUCU